AUGGCUCCAGAUGAAUCUAAUACAUCGAUAACAAGAUCAAACACUUCUGAACGUUAUAGUGUAUUCAGUUGGAAGGAUGAUGGUUGUUGCAGUGUAUCAGAGAAUACUAAAUCAAAAGAUUUUAGACUUAAACGUUUAAAAAAACAAAAAGGUGAAUAUUCCGUUGUUAAAGAUCAAAAACUGGAAAUAUUAAAUGAGUUGUUAGGCACAUCACCACAAGAUAAUGAACAUGAAACUUGGGGUAGUGAUGUUGUUAGUCCUAUGGCAAACAAACAGAAUGCAGUCCAAGAACUACAACAAACUAUAAAUAAUGGAUUAACUUAA